AUGGAUCCCAUGCACAUCUGGGAGGACCUCUCGGACGUGGGGGCGGUGUGGUCACCGCCGCACCGCUACCACACAGCGCCGCCGCACCGCUACCACACAGCGCCGCCGCACCGCUACCACACAGCGCCGCCGCACCGCUACCACACAGCGCCGCCGCACCGCUACCACAUAGCACCGCCGCACCGCUACCACACAGCACCGCUACCACACAGCACCGCCGCACCGCUACCACACCGCUACCACACAGCGCCGCCGCACCGCUACCACACAGCACCGCCGCACCGCUACCACACAGCACCGCCGCACCGCUACCACACCGCUACCACACAGCACCGCCGCACCGCUACCACACAGCACCGCCACACCGCUACCACACAGCACCGCCGCACCGCUACCACACAGCACCGCCGCACCGCUACCACACAGCACCGCCGCACCGCUACCACACAGCACCGCUACCACACAGCACCGCCACACCGCUACCACACAGCACCGCCACACCGCUACCACACAGCACCGCUACCACACAGCACCGCCGCACCGCUACCACACAGCACCGCCACACCGCUACCACACAGCACCGCCGCACCGCUACCACACAGCACCGCCACACCGCUACCACACAGCACCGCCACACCGCUACCACACAGCACCGCCACACCGCUACCACACAGCACCGCCGCACCGCUACCACACAGCACCGCCGCACCGCUACCACACAGCACCGCUACCACACAGCACCGCCACACCGCUACCACACAGCACCGCCGCACCGCUACCACACAGCACCGCCGCACCGCUACCACACAGCACCGCCGCACCGCUACCACACAGCACCGCUACCACACAGCACCGCCACACCGCUACCACACAGCACCGCCGCACCGCUACCACACAGCACCGCCACACCGCUACCACACAGCACCGCCACACCGCUACCACACAGCACCACUACCACAUAGCACCGCUACCACACAGCACCGCUACCACACAGCACCGCCGCACCGCUACCACACAGCACCGCCACACCGCUACCACACAGCACCGCCGCACCGCUACCACACAGCACCGCUACCACACAGCACCGCUACCACACAGCACCGCCACACCGCUACCACACAGCACCGCCACCGCUACCACACAGCACCGCCACACCGCUACCACACAGCACCGCCGCACCGAUACCACACAGCACCGCCACACCGCUACCACACAGCACCGCCACCGCUACCACACAGCACCGCCACACCGCUACCACACAGCACCGCCGCACCGAUACCACACAGCACCGCCGCACCGCUACCACACAGCACCGCCGCACCGCUACCACACAGCACCGCCACACCGCUACCACACCGCUACCACACAGCACCGCCGUACCCGCCUUGUUUCUCCUCGACAACAAGCGACCGGACGGCCUCAUAUCUCACGCCGGUCGUCGCCCCGCCCUGCCUGGUGGACAUGUUCAUCAUAAGGGGUGGCAACAGGGCCGGUUAG